AUGGGAGCUACUCCCCCACAGGACAGCCAGCAGAAAUACACAACUCACACAUCUUCCAGUCCUUUUAUCCCAACAUUGAAUGCAAUAACCUCAAGUCAAGAUCUUAACUGGAUGGUCCAGCCUAGCGUUCGACCAUUAGCCUUACCGCCAUACCCCAGCCCUCGUCAUGGUGUUAUCAGAAGCAUGAGUGGAGUCCUCAAUAUGGCAAGAAGACGUGUUGGUGAACAUGUAUCAGCUGAAGAAGAGGAGAGGAGAAGAGUGCGAAGAGAGAGGAAUAAGAUUGCAGCUGCCAAGUGCAGAAACCGUCGUAAAGAGCUAACCGACUAUCUUCAAGCGGAAACAGACAAGCUGGAAGAAGAAAAGUCAUCGCUGCAAAAGGAGAUAGCAGAACUGCAGAAACAAAAAGAUAAGCUUGAACUGAUUCUUGAUGCCCACCAUCCAAUCUGCAAAGUGGCCCACUCUCAACAAAAUAACCAGCAAGGGAGCUCUUCUAAAUUUGUUAAAGAAGAGCCAUAUGAAGAAUCAGCACGAGGUUCCAAAGUCAAACUUCCUAGAAUAGAGAUUAGCGACACACUUCUUGAACCAGAGGCUCUUCACACUCCUACCUUAAUGAAGACACCAUCAAUUACACCCUUCACACCAACCUUGGUGUUCACUUAUCCUGGACCUCAAGAAUCUUGUUCCACAGCUCAUCGCAAGCUCAGCACUAGCAGUAGCAGUAGCAGCGGGGAUCAAAGUCCAGGGUCCCUUAGCUCACCGACUUUAUUGACUCUAUGA